AUGGAGAUACCUGUUAUCAGUAGGAUAAGCGGCUUUGAAGCGGGGAUAAACUGCUUACAGAACCCAUCGUUCGUUUCCCGGCUUUUUCAUCUCGCGGGAAUCGAAGAUAUAUAUUUAAAUUACAGUCUUUGGACGUGGGGGGCUCUGAUUGUCGCCUUCCUCGCUACCUUCAGUAGCUUAAUCAAGAGAACCCAAAUCCUAAUUUUCAGAAUCUGGAGGACUAGAUCAGAACAUAUUUUCAGACCGCUGGUCGAUGCCGAUGCGGACGACGACCAAGAAGAUGAAGAUGAAGAUGAGAUCUUCUCGACUUCAUCUUCAUCGGAUGAUGAUGACGAUGAUGAAGACGAAUCAUUUUCGCCAUUUGAGAAUCCGAGACCCGUUGAUGAAGAUUUUCGAGUGGCGGGUUCUGGUAACUACAACGAAGACCGAGGGGAAGGUUUUAAACUGAGGCACCGGCGACGACGCAGCAACUGCGAAGAUUGGUUCUCCUGGUCCGGCUUCACCAACAGCCAGAGCGUCGUCAAGUUGUGGGACGGGUUAGGCCUAGGGUUUCGGAACACGUCGGAGAGCCGCAUCUCUGUGCGGGAUUUGAACAAAGAGCAAACCAUAUGCUCAUUUGUUGGGGGAAUGUGUCAGUUCCCGUCAGUAUCAAUAGCGUCGCCGGCAAUGGUUCUGUCGGCGGGACUGGAGAACAGUCGCAACGCGGCGUUGAGAGUCUGGGACGCGAGAGUGGGACGUCAGAUUCCGGCGAUUUUUGCGGAAUGGCAGCCUCGGCGGAGGAAGAUAACGGGUGUAGGUUCCGGCGGAGUGGAGAAGGUGUUCGUCAGAGACGACGCGGGUUCAUUUGCAGUUCGAGAUUUGAGGAACCUUCAGUUGCCUCUGGAGGACGAAGAUUUGAUGGAAUCAAACGGAGGCACAUGGUGGAAUGCCAACGCCGUUAUCGUAUCGGACGGCGAUCGUGACAGUGAAUAG